GCACUCCUGUCAUUGCGCGACUGCGCUUUUAUUUUUAAUAGGAGGGAGGGGGUUCCCAGAAAAUACCUCCUCCUGCUGUUCCUCAGCUCUCUCUCGUGAAUAUCAAACACUCGCCGUCUCCAUAUUGGAAGCAGAAAUCAGAAAACACGGGGAAAAAUGAAGAGGCAGUUCUUGACGGUCGCUUAAGCGCACAGCUGUCGGCUAUAGCUCCAGGAGUUUAGACGCAAGCGUUCAGACAUCGCGCGGGGCAUUUAUUCAGACUAACCUACAUUUGGAGGUUUCAUGGUAAACUCGCUAACGCUGUCUUAUAUUAGCAAUCCAGCUUCCAACUAUUUGUUAGCCACUCGGCGCUGGCGCGACUGAUUUUUGUUAUGCGCAUCCGUACGGACUGAUUGAUCAAAUGUGUGUCCGCGACGCGUAUUUUAAUGCAACAAAACGCAAAGAUUAGUGGUCGGGUGCCGUCCAUUCGCCCACGCUAGCCUGAGCGACAGCAGUCUGCUGCUGGCUGGAGAUCUGCCAUUAACUCAACUAACUGUUAGCUGUUAGCACAAGCUGAGACACGGACACGGCCACAACUCGCUGGAAAAAGGAGCUAAUAUCUCGUUUCCAUGGACAACACGUCCAUAAUAACGCAGGUUACGAACCCCAAGGAGGAAGAGAUACUCUCGUCAAAUGCUGAGAAAGUUUCGCUGUCUAACAGCAGUCUGAAGAAGAAGAGGACUCGCAGCAUCUUCAGCUCAUUGUUCUGCUGUUUGAGAAGUUACGAUGCUGAGCCCCCUGCCACCCCUAACAACAACAGCACCCCUCAGCCUCCACCUGUGGAGGAGAACGGAGCUCCACCGAAGUGUGACCAGGUUGAGGUCAUCCCUAUUCCCAGUCCUCCAGAGAAGUACCUCCUCCCUGAAGUUAACAUAAAUGACUAUGGGAAGAAGUGUGUGGUAAUAGACUUGGAUGAGACUCUGGUGCACAGCUCGUUUAAGCCCAUUAGCAACGCUGAUUUCAUCGUCCCAGUGGAGAUCGACGGCACGGUGCAUCAGGUGUAUGUGCUCAAAAGACCUCACGUUGAUGAGUUCCUGCAGAAAAUGGGCGAGCUGUUUGAAUGUGUGCUUUUCACAGCCAGUCUAGCCAAGUAUGCUGACCCAGUGGCUGACCUGCUGGACCAGUGGGGUGUGUUUCGGGUGAGACUCUUCCGGGAAUCCUGCGUUUUCCACAGAGGGAACUAUGUUAAAGACCUUAGUCGGCUCGGGAGAGAGCUCAGGAACGUCAUCAUUGUGGACAACUCCCCUGCUUCCUACAUUUUCCAUCCUGAAAAUGCUGUUCCUGUGCAGUCGUGGUUUGAUGACAUGAAUGACACUGAGCUCCGGGACCUGCUGCCUUUCUUUGAGGGACUGAGCAAAGAGGAGGACGUGUACGGUGUGCUGCAGAACCUGAGGGGCAGGUAGCAGGCUGAGGGGCCAGUGCGAGUCCCCCCGCUCUCUCCUUCAGCCUGCAAUCCUCACCUCAUCCACGCACACCAGGACAUAAACAGACUCGGAAAAUUUAAUGGACACUCAAAUAUUUCUCUUUUGAAAAGUGCUUAUGAUAAACCAAAAAUUCAACUACUCUUUCUUUCCCGUUUUUGAAACGAAAUCUCCAAGUCAUAACCAAUCUCCGAGGUGUCGCUAUGCAGGUAGAAAUCCGUAGGGUUAAAGGACUGUGGGGUUUCCUCUCCGACCCAACAAAGUGCCUUUUUUGAAUGUCAUUUUUAUUGGGGAAAUGAACAUUUUGUACGCGAGAACCUAAUCUUUACAAGAAAUAUAUGCUUUAAAACGGAGGCAGGUCAGACUCUUUUUAUAAAAGCACUGUUAAAGAGGCCAGAGAUUUUUAAAUGUGUAAAGCUGGGUACAUUUCUCCAUUUUCUGUUCUUCUCAUGUUCCUUUUGUUUUCGAUUUUGCUUUAGCUUGUGCCAUUAUAUCGACCGAGACUAUUAUCUAGACUUGUAUAUGUUUAGUAUGUUUUUUUUAAGAGCAAAGGAAUGCAUUUGCACUUGUUAGGUUACUCGUCUCACGUACCACAGCCUCUUUUGCCAACGAACCCCUUAAACCGUGCCAAUCGCUAAUAUUUGUCUCGCAAUCUGACGCUGAAGUACGUUUCGUUUUCAGCGAACAGGCCCGACGCUAAUAUUGGUGCUGGAGACAAAUGUUCGGACAUUUCAAAAACAGAAUUAUAGCCGCUAGUCUUUUUUUUUUGUUUUGGAACUUUACGUUGAUCUCAUUGCCUUUGGUGAAGUAGCGUAGACACUGCAGUUGUUCCCCGCUAAUCGUUUUUAAAGGGGAAGUGUCCUUUAUGGAAACCAGGAUGCACAACUGCAAAUGUAGCCCUUGUGUCGUUUUUAAUUAUUUUCUGUUUGAGUCGCAAGUUCUUCAGAAUUGGUACAGGUCCAUCAUCUUUGUAUAUUUUUUUUAUUAGUUUCGACUUGUUUUAAACCAUACCCUGCUGCUGCUACCACUGUAUACUACACUACAAAAGACCUCCCUGUAGGGUACCACCAGUACCAGCCCAGGGACUAGAGCGCUGUGCAGCUUGUGCCAGAGCAGAACGGACACAGUAAGGCCUCUUGCAGUGCUAAACGAAACCCUUUUUGUCCCAGUGGGGUUUCGAAAGUGUUUGGCGCAAGCUGUGCAGACUCUCCAUCACCACAGUGCCUAAGACGAGAGGAGCAGUGACGGGAUGUCCCGAUCCGCUGCUGAACAGGCAAUAACCUCCCUCUCUCUCUCUGCCCAGAGUCCGCCACGUCACAGUUCGGUCACUACAUGUUGUCCCCCCAGUCUUUCAUCGUCUACCCCUCUCUAUCUCUCUCUCUUCAUCCUGUUCUGCGGAGAGCAAAUCAUUCUCACAUGUAUGGUCUUCUGUCAGUAUUUGAGAUGUAUGGUUCUGUUAUCCCACGCUUGUGCUGUACAGCCUCUCUUCAGUCGUCGACGUCGGUCUUCCAGACUGCCUGGAUAUUUGGCUUGCUAGUAUGAUUUCUAGCUUUCUGUUUGAAUUGUCAAACAAUACUUUUCACAUUUGCAUAUUUCACCUUUUUCUGUGAACACCGUAUAUAGUCCUGGUGAUCUGGCAGCGUCAAAACACUAUUGGUUUUGCUCAGUUGUUGUUUGCUUCUGUUUUUCACAACUGAACUGUCAGGUGCUGUUCUUAAAACACUGUUUUUGUCACUUAAAUAGCUCAAGUCUGCACAUUGUUAAAUUAUGCAUUAUUUUCUUUAUUGUAUUUUUCUUAGUAAGCCAUACGGACACUUUAAAUGGUCCACAGGGGGUUUGAAAUCAGUUCAGAGAGGCUGUACAGUGCUGAGGUCUGGAGUAGAUUUCAAGCUGAAUUGAUUCAUGGUUGUUGUAGGUUUUCUUCCGGACUCUGACAUGUUAUAUUAAAGCACCUUUUUAAAAAACAACACAA